UGAUGUUUUUGAUGAUGUUUAGUGUGCGAUAAUAUGUUUUUGAUAUAAAAAAUGUAUGGUUCUGAGUGUGUGUGUGUGUUUGUUUUGUUUUCUUUAUGUGGUUUGUGUGUUUUAGACAAGAGGCGACUAAAAAAUUGUGUGAUGAUGCAGUUUAUUAAAAUAUAUUUAAAUUUAAUAUAAUUUUUGAUUCAUCCUUUAGAGAAUCUUGCAAACUUGUUUUAAAGUGGAAGUUUCUGAAGUUUAAAGCAGGCUUCUUUAUUUGCAAAUUAUUAUUGUUUGUUUGGCUUCAAAACGUUAUCAGUUUAAAAGCAUAAUGUGAGACUAUGAAAGUAAUAUGAAUACAGUAGAGAAUAUUCUCACAAGUGAUCAGUACCCAAUACUUCCAUUUGUGUUCUCAAACUUAAGUGCAAAGCAGCUUUGCGUUGUAUCGCAAGUAUGUAGCACGUGGAAUAAAGAAGCUCAAAGAGAACGCGAACGCAGAGGAACAUGGGAUGGUCGUUUGUUUGAUGAUGAUAUAGAUACAAGCUGCAGAACUUACUUUAAUCAGAUACCAAUCAUUCCUUCAUUUGUAAUAUCAUUGUCGCAAUGUAAACAUCAUAAUCAACUGAGAUCUGCCUUGCCUAAGAAUUGUUGUACUAUUAUGGCUAAUGUUGAUGGUGCCAUUGGUAGAAAAAUAAACCAACAGAAAAGUCAUGAAAUUGAAGAAGCCGAUGCUCUUUCACUGCUGUGUUUAAAAACUUCAAAUAACCUUCGGUAUAAAACUUUCAGUUUGGAUGGAAACGAAAUAAAAGCCAUCAGAAAAAAACAGAGCUCAUUCUUUUCAGCCAUUGAUUUUAAUGUGUGUAACCUGCAAAAUGGUGUCAUAUACCUGAUUGCAAAAAUGCUGAAUGACAAAGUUAUUGGAGAUCUUAUAGGAUCCAUUAACAAGGACAUUAAUGGCAAAAAUGUUGUCGUUCUUGGUGGCCAGUGUCGUAAACUUCAAUUUAACAGUAUCGAGAAGAAAGUGGUUGGCUUCAUUCUGCAUGGCGAACACCUAAGACCCUAUUUAUAUGUGCAUAAAACUAAUUCGGAACAAGAGUUAGAAACUUUUUUAACAGAACUAAAAGAAAAAACACAGGCUCAGAAAGCUGCAAUAAAUGUAAAGCAAAGCUUAAUGCUAAUGGUAUCAUGUAUCGGUCGUGGAGAAAAGUUUUAUGAACGAACCAAUGUCGAAUGUGAUAUAAUCGAUAAAGUGUUCCCAGGUUUGCAAGUUUUCGGCUUCUUUGGUUUAGGUGAGAUUGCAUACGAUUCAUCGAGCGAAAGUUCAAAUUGUAAAUGUGCUUUCACAUACGUGUCAGUUUUUUGUCUCCUACAGUUUCUUUAACGAUACAUUUUUGUAUAUGGAUUGACUUUCAGUUUUAUGAAGUAUAUUGAUACUAAGUAUUGUGUUUUUAAUAUAAAUAUUAUUGAAAGCAUUUUUUUCCGUGUUUUUUUUAUUCUUACGAUUGACUUUAAUCAUUAAGUCUAAACUUGCAUUCAGACGGAUUCAGAUGCUAUUAGAACAUGGUAUGUAAACAAAGCUAUUUUAUAUUACAUCAAAUGUUAUUUUUUCUUAUAUAAACACAAUCUAGACUGGGGUUUAUUUAAGGAAUAUGUUUCUGUACAAAGUUAACAAAAUGAGAUGGAACUUGCUUUUGAAACUUGCUUCACUUUCUUCUAUAAGUAACUGAUAUAUAUGUAUAGGAACACAGACGAUUUAAUAUCGAUGUAAUGGUGUCAAUUUUCAAAAUAUUUCAUGAGUUUUGGUGAUUCAGAAAACAUUUUUGCUUUACUGUAUUUUGAGAGAUAUUAUUGCUAUUUUUUUACCAAUCUUUCAACAAUUUUUUAAGUAGUUAAUUUCUUUAUUCAGGGGAUGAUAUUUCAUGAAAGAUUAUUAUUAAAAAAUAAAUUUCUAGAGGAUUUUUACUCACAAAGAAUGUUUAUUUAUUUAAAAGAAGAUGUUUAAUGUCCUGGUAAAAUAACUUUGUAGCCAUUGUUGUUGUUGUUGUUGUUGUUGUUGUUUAUUUUAUUUACAUCAGACUAUACAUGUAAACAUCUUACUGUUUAUAAAAUACAAAAACAUUACAAAUAAAAAAAUUACAUUUAUAAAGAUAUAUUGUUUUACUUAAAGAAGAAAGUAGUCAAUGUUUAACCCUAUUUGGAAUGGGGAGGGCUUAAAUUGCAUGCAGCAAAUUCAGAUUUUAAUAUCUUCUGGAUUACUUGUUCAAUUGUUAUCAAACUUUGUGACUAUAAUAUUUUUAUGACUGGUAUCUGUUGAUAACUUACUAGAAAGAAAGAAAAAACAUUCUAACAAACUCUCUAAAAUGGAAAAUGCUAUUAACUCAAAUCAAAUGACCACAUGAACAUAAAUAUUUUGGCUAAGUUUCGCUACCCGUCGAAUCCGUUUCCCCUGAUUUUUACAGUUCUACUCCGAUCUAAGAAAUCUAUCAGAUUUUUCAAAUUUUUUUGCGCAAAAAACAAAAAAUUUUCCAAACUCGAUUUUAAUAGGUUGAUUUUGGCCUUAAUUCUAAAAUUUAACAAUAAUUUCACACACAAAAUGGUGACGUCAGCAAAAAAUAAUUAUGUUAUUUUAUUUUUUGUCUCAUACUACAAAUUGACCAAACUUUAUGUAACUCUAUUAGAAUAUAGACAGCAUGCAUUUUAUCCUCCACAAGGCCAACAAAAAACCAUACCAAAUAGGGUUAAAUAGGUAUAACGGUGUGACGAAGAAAAAUAUUAUGUAUUUUCACAUAAGUUUCAUGACAUUGAUUUAUUUUUUUAUUUAUAUUGAGGUAAUACAAUGGUAUUGUAAAACUAUUUUAAGAAUCUCUUGUUUAUUUCGCAAAAUGUAUAUAACUCGCAAACGAAAUAUUCCAGAAAACUA